AUGAGCUCUCCGGCUAACAACAUGUACGUCGGCAAGCGCAUACCACACAGGUCUCAAUUUCGCUCAUCAGAGCGCUGGAGAUCCCGGUAUCCGGACGAUGCAAUGGCUGCAAAUCAGGUCCGUGAGUUCUUGGCGCGCUACCCAGCCGUCCUCGAGGAAUACCUAGACGAAACCGCAUCCGUCGACUACCUUGAACAGCUGCUCCAACGGAAACGCACUCUGCCAUCCACGGUUGCCAAGUGCACAUUCAAUCAACGUGCCGAUAGUAACGGUCUCGGAAUGGUAUAUAGUGAGAUCGGCAUAGAACAACUUGCUCGAAGGAUCGUAGAAUGUUCCAGUGAUUCUGACAUCUGCGCGAAGAUGCACGAAAUCUGCGGUGUGGUCGCUAACAUUAUAUUUGCCGACAUUUACAACUUGUACUAUUUGGACGACACGAAUAGUGAAAUGUCCCUGUAUAUGCCUGGCUCGACGACAGAGUGGAAACGUGUAGGUCCCACCGGCCUCAAGUUGACGGUGUCAGCGCAUGUCGCAACUACAGCUAAAAGCGUAAAUGUCGCCGACCUGCAACAAGACUCGCGGUUUCCGAAAGGUGUGCGUUUAGGAGAGGAACGAGUCCAUCACGUGAUAGGGGUCCCCAUCCUGCUGGACACCGGCCGCUGUUACGCCGUGGUUGAGUUCUCGCGUGGCUGGGACCACGACCCCUUCUCCAAGGUCGAGUUCGAGGUCACCAACGCCAUCCUCAGCUGGGUCAGCGCCUGCGUGCAGAAAAUGAAACGCAAUAAGCUGCUGAACAUACAAACCCGGCUUCAUGGCUUUCUGCUGGAGACGACGCGUGUCAUGUUCGAUGACGUCGUCAACGUGGACCUCGUCGUGACGAACAUCAUGACGUUCACGAAGGAAUUGGUGAGCGCGGACCGGUGCGGGCUGCUGCUUGUGGAUGAAGAACGGAAGGAGUUGUUCGCAGAUUACUUCGACGAGGGCGCCACGGACGAGGAGGGCCGCCCUGUGUACACGAAGGCCUCACAGAUCCGCUUCUCUAUCAACAAGGGCAUCAGCGGAUACGUGGCACGAACUGGGCAGACGGUGAACAUACGUGACGCGUACAGUGACAAGCGUUUCAACCCGGAAGUAGACCAGAAGACAGGCUACCGGACUCGCAAUAUCCUGUGUAUGCCUAUACAAGGCAAGAAUGGCGUCAUUGGCGUCGUACAGCUUAUCAACAGAUUGAACGGGCGGUGUUUCACGGCAGACGACGAGGAUGCGUUUUCUAUGUUUGCCGUCUACUCGGCCCUUGCCCUCCACUACGCCCGCGUCUACAACGUCAUACUCCACCAACAGACAAAGUUCAAGGUUGCCAUGGAGGUUCUGGAGUACCACUGCACAUGCAGCGAGGAUGAGACAGCCGCCCUCUAUGACAACGCACAUCUGCCGGUCGACCAGGUUCCCCUCGACUUCUACACGUUUGACUUUAACUGUAACAAGAAGAACUCUGUCAUAUUGCCACAACUGUACAUCAAACUCAUGUAUGAACACUUCGGAAAGAAGGAAUUUGAUCUGCUAGCUCUAUGUCGCUUCGUUCUCACCGUCAAAAAGAACUACCGACCGGUACCGUACCACAACUGGGAGCACGGGUUCCAGGUGGCGCAUUGUCUCUGGCGGAUGGUGUCGGAGAGUCAGGAAGUCCAGUUUUCCCGGCUAGAGAAAAUGGGGAUGAUUGUCGGCGGUAUCUGCCAUGAUCUCGACCACCGCGGCUUCAGCAACGAAUUCUUCAGGAAGACGCGGCAGCCUCUGGCGGCCCUGUACUCGACUUCCAUCAUGGAACAACACCACUACAAACAGACUGUCACAAUCCUGAGCGCCGAGGGCCAUGACAUCUUUUCACACUUGACCUCGGAGCAGUACAAGCAGCUGCUUGCAUACAUCAGAGACAACAUUCUGGCCACGGACCUUGCCCUCUAUUUCGGCAACCAGAAGACAAUUUGCGGCCUCCUUGACAGCGAGAAAUUCUCGUUGUCAGAGGUGGACCACCGGCGGGCCUUGAUGUCGCUCAUGAUGACGGGAGCCGACCUGUGCGCCAUCACAAAGCCCUGGGAGACUCAGAGAGGUAUGGUGGACGCACUGUACGAGGAGUUCUACAUGCAGGGCGAUAAAGAAAAGAACCGCGGCAUGCAACCGAUGCCAAUGAUGGACCGUCUGAAUUGGGACGAUAUUCCGAAUCAACAGAUUGGUUUUAUCAACUUUAUCUGCAAGCCCCUUUAUUCGACCCUGAUACGCCUUAUACCGGAAACAAAGCCGCUUCAAACAGGAUGUGACGUAUGCAAGGAGCAGUGGCAGAUGGUUAUCUCUGAAAAGGAGGCGAGAAAGAAAACACUCAAUACCCGCGCAGUUGACCGCGAACUCUAGACUAUAUUAAGCGUAAACAUAAAUAUCUUUGUAUCCACUAACCCGACCGACCCUAUACUUUUUUGCGUUUUGAUCGAUAUGUGGAUGUUUUUUAGGUAUUUCAUAGAUACAUGAAUUUAUUUGAAUGAGCAUGUUAAAAUGUUAAUACCUUUUGGAGGAGAUGUUGGUGGAGACAAGAUUGU